AUGGCAUCCACCGCCGCCAUGACUGCUGUCUUCGGCACUACCGAACUCCUCGAAGACAUUCUCAUCACUGCUACUCUUCAGGGCAUGACUCACGAAGAGCUUCUGCUGGCUCAGCGCGUGUCGAGAGAUUGGAAGGCGACCAUCGAGGGAUCACCACUUCUGCAGAAACUACUUGGCUUCAGGGCCGCCACCACCGAUCAAGACUUCGAGUUCCUCUACCAGUGGUCACAAAGGCGACUGUCUCUUGGUGACCUCUCCAGCCAGACCAGAGAACUGCAAUUUGCUGAGCAGAAUGGCCGCAGUGUCACCUUCGACGUCUUCGUCAGUCCACUGGUUUCGCGUGUGCUGGAUGACUGGCCACUAGACUUUCCCAUCGCAGAUAAAGAUGGCACACGAGACAGUCGCGAUCUCUGCAGCGACGUGGCCCUCCGCAGCUACAAAGGCUAUCUUGCCAACACCUUCACGUACUUCUCCAGUGAGCGAACACGGCGACAAGAUUUGGACAAGCAUCACUUCAUGAAGACCGGACCCAUGCGAGUAAGAUUUGAGAAGUGGAACAAGAUCGAAUCUUCGAUGCACCGUAUGCUGCUCACUCAGCCUCCACCUACUUCGGCCAACCUCGAGUAUGAUGACAAGCAUGGGGAGGAUAAAAUCAAGAUCGUCAAGAGCCCCACGGGGGUGAAACUCGGCGGCAUUUGGCUGGCUGGAAUGGAGGUCGACACGCCCUACGAUCAGAAGAAAGCCUGCUGGGUGGAAGAUGAGUACGGCUACGACUCAGACAUUGUCGACAAGCUGAAGAACUUCUGGGCGCAGAAAGGAGAAGUCUAUGACGGUGAAGAUUCAGAUGAUAGCAACGUCAGUGACGAAGACUCUGACGAAGGCUCCGAGGAGGACUGGGAAGACUAUUACGGUGGAGACUGGUCGUCUGAAGCGAGCGAGGACGAUUGGGAGGACGAGGAUUCAGAAGACAAUGAUUUGGAGGGCUGGGGUUCAGAUGACGAUUGA